CUACUACGGUACUAGGGCGCUAGCAUGCCAGAGGGUACGCUUCGUAGUUCCUAGAAGGCAGACAGCUUUUCGGGGGAUCGCCUCUGAGCAUACAAACCGUGUGCGCGUGGGCGUCAUGGCUGGACCUGUCAGCACAGCCCGCUGUGCGGCCUUGCAUCAAUCUCUGGGGGUCCAGAAUGUUCUGCAGCAGACAGCUGCGGCGGCUAGAGUUUCUCAGGAUGGCGCGACUUCCUGCUGUAUACCUAGAGUGAGAGGCGACAUGAGUCAAAGUACCAAACGUUUUUCAGUGCCACUUCACUCAAGGUUGGCAGGGUCAAAAGCACUGGGACUUUUGAAGCAUGAGCCGUGUCCAUCUGCUAGUACACCGUGUGAUGCGCCAAGGAGUUGGCGGAGGGGGUGCCAAGCCACGCAGGCUGAGGCCCAGCCCAGUCAAGAGGCGGUCCUACCGGGGCCAUGGUUUAGCCCGAGAGUAGACAGGUCGGAGGACACUGCGAUGCCCAGCGCUCCCUUCGCGUCCCUCGACAUGCCAAAGCCCAAGUGGAAACGGGUGCUCUUGAAGAUCAGUGGCGAGGCUCUGGCGGGCGAGAAGACCAGCAACAUUGACCCGGCAAUUUUGCUGCGGAUUGCCCAGGAGGUUGCCGCCAUUGCCCGCCUGGGAGUGGAGGUGGCGGUCACCGUAGGCGGCGGCAACUUCUUCCGAGGCGCCACGUGGGCGGGCGCCAGCGGCCUUGACAGGGCCUCUGCGGACCAGAUAGGCAUGAUGGCAACCGUGAUGAACGCCAUCUUCCUCCAAGCGUCCCUGGAGAGCCUGGGCUGCCCCACCCGCGUGCAGACCGCCUUCAAGAUGGCUGAGGUCGCAGAGCCCUACAUCCGGCGGCGCGCCAUGCGCCACCUCGAGAAAGGCCGUGUUGUCAUCUUUGGGGCCGGCACCGGAAACCCCUUCUUUACCACUGACACUGCCGCCGCUCUCAGAGCUGCAGAGAUCAACGCGGAGGUGGUGCUCAAGGCCACCAACGUGGACGGCGUCUAUGAUUGCGACCCGCGCCACAAUACGGCUGCGCAGCUGCACCAGCAUGUGUCCUACGCCCAGGUGGCGCGCGACCGCCUCAGCGUCAUGGACGCAACCGCUAUCACACUGUGCGCAGAGAACGACAUCCCAGUUGUGGUGUUCAACUUGAACAUUCCCGGAAAUAUUUCACGAGCACUCAAGGGGGAGAGGAUCGGAACCCUCAUUGAUCAGCAGGGGGCGCAGUCUACUUGAGGAUCCUUCGGAAUGCGUCGAUCAUUGGGUGAUUGCUAUACGCACAGUUGUUGCCAGCAUAUCAAGAUUCUUUCAGGGAUAGGUAUAUAAGGUCAGUAGAUUAGAGUAGGGUUCAUGAAAUUAAUCAAAGGUCCCCACAGUGUUUUAAGUAUAGUCGGUAUAGUCAUAAGACUGGAAAUUGGAAAGCCGCAAGCUUGCCCAAAGUAUAGUCCAGUCCAGCAACACCAGGUGAAGAACGUUUUGAAUACAGUAUACUGUUGCAUCUGGGGAAUCAAGGUCAUCCAGGAAGUGUAGAUAAAAUGGUCGAGGCAUUUGAGUGUAAGUUGCAAAAGUACGAGCCCGCAACUACCUGCUAGUCUGACUGACCGGCAGGUUGAAGCAGGCGUUCAAGCCAAGUCCACCAUCGUAGCUAAGUACAGCAAUAUUUAAAGCUUGCCAGGCGUUCCACCACAUUAUCGCUAAUCUCUUUUGACACUACACGUUGUUGCACAUGCCCGCGGCACAG